AUGGUCUUUUACAUCCGCUUCCUCAAAACUCCCCGGCUUCAGAAGCAAAAGGGGACUGUUUCUGUUUCUGCUCUGAUCUGUAUCACUACGGACCUGGGCGAUGCAUUCCUGGCUGAAGAUGUGCAAUUGCUCGCAACGCUGAGUGUUGAUCAGACAGAAAAAAUCCUGUACAAGGAGCCAUUAAAAUGGACCGCCGGCAAACGACAGCUUCCCAUCUCACUGGGACCGUUUCCCGAGCAUCUUGCCCGACAGACUGUGUGUCUAAGCGUUAGUGUAAUUGAACCCCGGAGACCAGAAACGCGCUGGAACGAUGUUAUAUUGGGGGGUGCCGGCGUCCCUUUGGUUAUCUCCGGCUGGAGCGCACCUUUUGGAGGGUCUCAGUCUCUAGUGGCAGAGAAACUCGUGGAGAGACGGUUUGGUCCUACAGACCGAUUGGACCUGAGAAUAUGGGAGGAGACAGGCAACAGCAUUGCCCGGCAUAUCUGGGAUGCAGCCCUUGCAUCAGUGAUACAUCUCGAGCAGAUCAUGCAAGGUUCCAAAUCUACCCUGCCGGUGCUUUCAAAAAUUCUACAGAACCCGCGCGACAAGCCCCUCCAAGUUCUUGAACUGGGAUCGGGAUGCGGGAUUGUAGGCAUUGCUUUGGCGGAACUACUCCCACAGUGCUCAGUUAUGCUGACCGACCUACCUGAAGUCGAGGACAUUGUAAUGCAGAAUAUCGCUGCGGCCAGACAGGCGCAGUUAUCUAAGAUUGAAUAUCAGAACCUCGACUGGGACGAGCCACUGCCGGAGAACCUCUGUCACGAGCCUAUAGACCUGAUUCUCGUUUCGGACUGUACAUAUAACGCCGACAGUUUGCCUGCAUUGGUCUCGGUUCUAGACCGGCUCGUACAAAGUUCCCCGAGUGCACUUAUUCUCGUGGCAUUAAAGAGGCGCCAUGAAAGCGAAGCAAUCUUUUUCGGCUUGAUGCAGUCUGCAGGACUCUGCACCCAACACCAAGUCCAUACAUUAUCGCUCCCGUCACAACAUGACCAAUUAGAUCGCAUUGAGCUGCAUUGCUAUGGACGGAAUCCACAGCCGGAAUCCGAAUGA